CAUGGAUGAAGAUAGUCAAGACAUGAUCCUCCAUAACUAUUUCCACUUCAAGGAAACAGACCUGUCUCAUCAAAUAUUAAAACAGCUUAAUGCCCUACAGAAAGAGGCAAUAUUGACUGAUGUCAUUCUUUGCGCUGGAGGCAAGGAAGUUCCUUGCCACCGAAAUGUACUGGCAUCAAGUAGUCCCUAUUUCAGAGCCAUGUUCUGCGACAACUUCAAAGAGAGUUACCUAACCCAUGUCCAUUUAUUGGGGGUCCAGGAAGACAUUCUUACUCAGAUUGUGGAUUAUGUAUAUACAGGAGAGAUUACAAUAAAUGCAACAAAUGUUUUCUCUCUGUUGGAAGCUGCUGGUAUUUAUCAGUACCCCAAAGUACUAGAGGCGUGCUCAUUAUACUUGCAAAAUCAAUUGACAGUUACAAAUUGCCUUGGCAUGGUGAGACUGGCACAAAUCUUCAGCUGCAAAAGUUUGGAAAAAAAGGCCAAGGUGGUUGUUUUGCAACAUUUCCCGGAGGUGGCAUCCUCUGAGGACUUGAAAGAACUUUCCUGCACUGAACUCGCAGACUAUUUGGGGGAUGAUGAACUCUGUGCUGAAGAAGAGCAGGUUUUUGACACUGUCACAACCUGGAUCAGCCAUGACCCAAAGACCAGGCAAAAACACAUGCAUGAGCUCCUCAAGAAAGUCCGACUCCAGUAUGUCCACCCUACUUACCUCUUUCACUUUAUUGCCAAUAAUCCCUUUAUUAAGUCAUCUCCUGUUUGUACACACAUCUUGGAAUCAGUCAGCCGGCUGAUAUUUUCCUUAAGCCCUGCAAACAGCCCAGAUAUCAUACCCAUGUGGUGUGUGCCCCGCAGGUAUGCCACUCAAGAGUUCCUGGUUAUUAUCGGAGGUAGGAAAUGUAACCAAGAGACAACAAAGGAGGCAUUGCUUUAUGAUUCCAGGACAAAACAGUGGUUGGCUCUUUCUAAGCUUCCUGUUCACCUCUACAAAGCUUCUUCAGUAUGUUUACACAGUAAGAUAUACAUCCUUGGAGGAUUGAUUGUUAAUAACAAGAAGACCACCAUAAGUGCAUGUGUUUAUAGUUUCUCUUUGAAAAUGAACCAUUGGAAGCCAGAAGUAGAUAUGUUGGUUCCAUGCUAUUCUCAUCAGGCCAUAGCGCACAUGAAUUAUAUUUUCUCCCUGGGAGGGGUUGGGCCAAGUCAAGAAAUAUUAAAUACACUGCACAGAUAUGAUAGUAUUUUCGGCAUCUGGGAGUCCAUGGCACCCAUGCCAGUUGCUGUGCUACAUCCAGCCAUUGCUGCCAAGAACCAAAGGCUCUAUGUUUUCGGUGGAGAAGAUAUUGUACAGAAUGCCGUUCGUCUGAUACAGGUUUACAACAUAUCAAGGAAUAUGUGGUUCAGAAUGGAGACAAGGAUGGUUAAAAAUAUCUGUGCACCUGCAGCUGUGAUUGGUGACAGAAUUAUUAUUAUUGGAGGCUACACAAGAAGAGUGAUUGCCUUUGAUACAAAAUCAAGCCAAUUCGUAAAAUGUGCUGAUAUGAAAGAGAGGAAGAUGCAUCACGGAGCUACAGUUAUAAACAACAAGAUCUAUGUAACUGGUGGACGGUUUGUCACCUCAGACAACACCAUUGAAGACAGUGAUGCAAUAGAUUGUUAUGACCCAGAGACAGACAGCUGGAUAUCUAAAGGAAAGCUACCACACAAACUGUUUGACCAUGGCUGUUUAACACUGCAUAGCAUCUCCUACAAAUCCCCCAAGCUUUGAUUUACUCAAUAUUGGAAGGGCUGGUGCCUCUUCUGCAGAGGGUAUAGCCCUGGCUUCUGAUGAGGAGAAGUCAAAGAACCCAACCAAUUCCUAAUAAAGGCAAGUUGCAAGUGAAAAAGCCCAUCACAGUCAACUAUUGGAGCAAUGAAAAGUACACCAGACACAGUAGGUGGAAAUUAUCUUGACAGCAAGAGUCUCCAGGAAGUCUCCUCUGAAAAACCCUGAGACAUCAGUAAGAGGAGAAGCAAAGUGUCUCCUUCUGGAUUCUGCAAAGCAUUUCUCACAGUGAAG